AUGAAUUGUAUCUCAUGGAAUGUGAGGGGUAUGAAUGCUCGUACAAAGAGGUGUGGAAUUAAAAAGGUGUUGAAGGACAAUAAUGUCAAAUUGGCGAUCCUUCGUGAGACAAAGGUUAAAAUGGAGAAUUGUGCUGCAAUUUUUUAUCCUUUUCUUGCAAAUUGGAAGUACAUACACAAUGGUAUUGAUGGUUCUAUUGCCCGCAUCUGGUUGGGUUGGGAUGUUACAGUGUUCAAGGUCGAGAAGAUCCUAAAAACCAAUCAAUUCAUCCAUGUUAAAGUGAUUACAUUAGGGACCUCUCUCUCUUUUUUGUGUACUGCUGUGUAUGAUUUGAAUAUGAUGGAGGAACGAAGGGAGCUUUGGAGGGAUGUCAGAAGUCUAGCCAAUAAUAUUUCUGCUCCUUGGGCUGUCUUAGGAGAUUUCAAUGUUGUUCGGCAUCAAAGUGAGAAGGCUGGAGGGGAACCUAUUCGUCAAGAGGCUGUCGAUGAUUUUAAUUCCUGCAUUUUUUACACGGAGCUAGUUGAUUUAAAGUGGAAAGGAGAGCUGUUUACUUGGAAUAACAGGCAAGGGGGCAGUGCUCGGGUUUGUUGUAAAUUGGACAGGGUUUUGGUGAAUUUGAGCUGGAUGGAUACCCUUAGGUCUUCUGAGGCUACUUUCCUUCCCCCGGGGUUAUCGGAUCAUUCCCCAACAGUGAUUUCGAUCCUUGACAGUGUCACUUUUGGUCCAAAACCUUUUCGAUUCUUUGAGGCUUGGAUCGGUAGAGAGGGUUUCGAUGAGGUGGUGUUAAAUGGCUGGAAUCGCCCGGUUAACUCGAAUCUUAAUCCUAUCCUUCGGUUUGCUGCCCAUCUUAAAAAUGUGAAGACUGAGCUUAAGAAGUGGAAUAAAGAGAGCAUUGGAGAUCUCUUCCUUGCCGUAAAGAAUGCUGAAUCGGAUUUGAACCAUUUACAGGUGAACCUUGCUGCCCAUUCGAAUGAUCCAAAUCUUGUUGCUAUGGAGUCAGAUGCUAAACUAAAGUUAUGGGAAGCACUUAGCAUUGAAGAGAAAUUCCUCAAAGAGAAAUCAAGGGUCAAAAAUAUUCAAUUGGGGGAUGGGAAUAAAAGGUUUUUUUUAUAA